UUCGGGUGUGUGGAAUUGUUUAAUAUAGCCGAUGGAAUUCCGUCGCUUUGGACAUAAAUUCAACUGAAUCCAGCAUGGAAAACUCAGACAACAACUAUACAGCUGUUCCGAUGGAACAAAGGCGACCUAACAGCGAUCACAAAGAACAUGCCUUGGAAAAACCUUUUGACGAAGAGUUCUGGGUGAAGGUACAAGAAAAGUUUAAUGCAGGAGAUGUGUCAUGGAAUAGAGCCAUGGAUGAAGUUCGCACUGACAGACUGAUAGCCGUACAUGGUAGAAACACCCUCUUGGUGAUCAUUCGUGAUUGGCCAAUCAGUGAAAAGUAUAGAGAUAAACCAGAACUGAUAGCAAGUCUUGAAUACCUGAUCAGCCGUUUUACUGAAAUUAUUUUAGACAAAGACAAUGACGAAGAGUACAAGUAUUUCCGUGUGGAUGAAGACUUUGCUCGUCCAACUCUGCUUCACCUGGCUGCAGAACAGAAUUUUCUUCAUGUGACCAAGUUGCUUGUUGAAAAGUACCCUUCACUUGUUUACCUAGAAACAGAGGAAGUGGCUGGUGAAAGGCCAUAUUUACCUGUUGAAAAAGCUCUGAUGUCACACAAGGAUGAAACAGCGGCCUAUCUGAUAUCACAGAUGAAACAUGACUGGGUCCAUGAACUGUUUUUGUAUGACAAUGACAUGAGGUUGAAGAGAGCCAAAUUUAAAUUUACGGAGAUCAUCAGCCACAGAGAUCCAGAAACAAAGAAACUGGACAUGCAGAAAACAGUUGUGGCUGUAUUAGAUCAGCUUGUCAACCCUCACUGGCCAUACCUUCCAGAGAAGAUAAAGGAGACAGGAGAGAAAAGUGAUCGUAUUGAAAGGGCAUGGAGCAGUGUUCCUGAUGAUCCAUUAAAUUAUGAUUUUUUCUAUCAUGUGCUGGAAGCUGAUGACCUGGGACAGGAACCAAAGGAUGAUGAAGGGAACUUGAUUGAGGAGUUUAAUCCAAAGUCUAUGUCCCCCCUUCGAUGUAUUGCAGAAAGUGAUGAUAAGGAGGCGAUUCAACAUCCUGUGGUGCGAAUGUUGGUUAUGAGGAAAUGGAAUACGUUUGGUCAUUGGUGGUUUUGCGUUCAAGCGUCUUUCUACAUCGUGUUUCUAACACUGUUAUCAUACGCCCUCAUCUACGCUUCCACCCUUGAAGAUCCAACACAGUACAGUGGUCGUGCGGACGGUCUGCGUGCGUUCUGUGAAGUUAUCACUAUUAUCUUUCUGAUGUUUUAUUUCUUCGAAGAGAUCAACCAGGCCGAACGGGAGUGGAAAACUUAUUUCAAGGAUCCGUACAAUUAUUUUGAUUGGUUGGGUCUCAUUUUGACCUUCCUUGUGAUUCCUCUUCGAUUUGCCGAAGUCAGAUCUCAGUGGAGUGUGGCAGCCCUCGGUUAUCUGUUUAAUUUUCUCCGACUUUUCAAGUUUUCGUGCGUUACAAGAACUACUGGUCUGUAUACCAAGACUCUUGCCAAGAUCAUCUACCGUGACAUGACUCGUUUCAGUGUGGUGUUUCUGAUCGUCUUCAUCGGAUUUUGUGGCGCCAUGUUUAUGGCGCUGAAAGCCACAGGCUCGCAAGAGCUCUUUACUAAUUACGCCUGGUUGAUGUUGGCGGCCGUACGAGCUCUUGUUGAGCAGCAACCGGCUGAAGAAGACUACUCGAAGUUCAGCUGGUUAGCGAUACUCAUUCUCCUGGCCUACAUGGCGAUGGUGAUUGUGAUUCUGCUCAAUGUUCUUAUCGCACAGUUGAGUUACACGUACAGUGAAGCCAAAACCAACGCAAAACUGCAGUAUGCUAUCGAUCGAAUGCGAAUUGUUACGCGCCUGGAGCACAGCAGAUUUGCCAGAUUUAGUUUAAGAGUGAAAUACUACAAGCAGGGCGACAGAGUCAGUGAAACAGAACUGGCCAAAGAGAUGCUGGAGUACAGUGAUGAAAGACGACCUUGGGAAUCAAUGGAGGAAAAACUGACUCUUAUCAGAGACCUGAUGAGAAAGGUCGUGCGAAAAGUUUCCGAAAAAUCGGAAUGAAGGUGGCAUCGUCAAAUCCUAUUUGUUAUCUAUUUAGCUAAGAAUAUUAUUUUAUUUUUCCUAGGAUUUUUGUAAAGAAGUUAAAUAUUUCUUUUGUUGAAGAUAACUUUGUUAUAGCUCACGGUGUAAAUGUUUUGUAACAAUGUUAGUCUUAGUUCCAAGUUCUAUUUUCUUUUCUGGUACAAAAAAGAAAAAGUGGGCAACAUUUUAUGAGUACAGUCCAACGUUAGAAUUUUAACGCCCCUGGAAACGAAUUUGUUAGUUAGCGCAUUUGUCUUGAGAAAUAGGAAAGAAAUGUAAAAUUUAAAACAAAUCCCCGCGAGUUAACACUAGAAAAAAAUCGUCUUUAGCGCUAAAAAAAAUAGCUCUUUGGAUAAGGAAGUUCGAUCUUGAAUAUUUUGGUAAUUUUCAAAACUCUCUCAACAUCGCCUCUAACUUCUGCAGGUCUAAGAUCAAAAGCGAUCUCGUUUGGAGACUGAAAUAGUAUUUCAAGCAUAAGUAUGAACUACAUUUUAUUAAUAUGUUUCCUUUUUACAGUUAUUGAAUUACUUUUAGAGAGGUAACCUAUGUGAUGAUUUGGUGUUGACCUCUUUAGAAAUAUUAAGGUAUUGAUAUUUGCGUCAACUAUGAGGUAGCCGUUACCUAGUGCUCAAGCAGAAGAUUUUUCUCAAUAGGGGAGGUAUGAGUGUGGUGGGAGGGUUCCACACUUGUGUCUUGCUGAUAUUUGAGGACCAUGCCAAGUCCAUUCUUAUCAUAACCUACUAUCACUUUCUGAAAACUAAGGGGGAACUCCCAUGAAUAUAGACCCCCCCCCCUCUUUGUCACGCCCAUAUGUUACCCUCUCCUACAUGUUCCAGUUAGUAGAAAACUAGUUUCACUAUAUACGUCAUUUUCUUUAUUGAGAAAAUAACGUGAAAAACGAAAACGUGUUUGAAGUUGCUUGAGCUGAGUAUUAUAUUAGAAACAAAUGAAAAGAAAAUAAGAAAUUAAAUGUAUUAGAAAAAAAUUGAAAUUAAAAAACCCCUUCCCGAUCCCUCUUACUGAAACUAUUUCUUCCCUCAACAAACUUGUUUGGUUAUAUCAGGGAUUACAUUGUAGCGUCUAUAAUCGCCUAAAGUAAGAGAUGUAAGCUGACUUGUAAAAUGCUAGAUUGAAAAGCUGGUGUGAUGAUAGCAGUAGCUACACAAUCUUCGUGUUCUGAGGCUUCGUUUAGCCUCGUUUCUCGCUUUGUUUGUUCCUAUGGCCAUUCCUUACCCUGGAAAUAAAAAGAUGAAAGAAAUAAUUUCAAAUUUGAAAAUAGCGUGAUUCAACCUUAAACAAUCCACAGAAUACUGAACGUGAAAAAUACUGUC